CCACUUCAUGUGGCAACGACAGCCGGUAACUUGGUAAUUGGUAACUUGCUAUAAGUAGUCGUGUAUGAACGUGAAAAUAGUUAUAUAGUUAUAAUUGUUACAAAACAAAAUAAACGAAAUGCGCCUAACAAACAUUUUGUUGAAGAAAGUCAAGAGCAAGCGCAUCAUGGUUGUCGUUGAGAGUGUGGUCAGUGGCCACAAGUUCAAUACGGUUCGCGACAGACUGUCGGACAAAAUUGAAUGCAUACGAUUUGAUCCUUUUAUUCAAAAGGAUUGUGUCUACCGGGAACGCAAGAAGAUUCGUAGUGCCUAAGUCGAUUGUUAAAUUGCUGUUAUGUUAGUAUAAAAUAAAGAUUUUCUUUAAGAGCAUAA